AUGGUUAAAUCGCGUACGAAAAAUGAUCCUAGCUAUGAAGGGAGGCUUUCUCUUGCUAUUGAUGCGCUAAAUAACGAAAAAAUCACGAAAUUACGCGACGCCGCACGCACUUUUGACGUAUCUUUAACAACACUGCGAAGGCGCCUGAAGGGCUCAGUUCCAGCGCAUAAUGCCGGUAUUACACGCAGAAAGAUGACCCCUACAGAAGAAGCUGUACUCCGGGGUUGGGUCUUCUCACUAGAGCGCCGUGGCGUUCCGCCUAGGCAGCAUAUGCUCCAUGAAAUGGCAAAUAUUUUGCUAGCUCAAAGAGAUCCUACCAAAAUACCUGAGAAGCGACAACCGGAUCUCAAGGCUAAAUUCGCACGCCGAUUAUCCUAUUCUAGAGCUCUUUGUGAAGAUCCAGUCGUUAUUGGUGGCUUUUUUGAGGAGAUUAAGCAGCUCAAAGAGGAAUAUGGGAUUGCCGAUGAAGAUAUAUACAACUUUGACGAGACAGGGUUCGCCAUGGGGAUCUCUUCUACAGCAAAAGUUAUAUGCAGCUCAGAUCGUUCAGGAAAACCUAGCCUCAUUCAGCCAGGAAAUCGUGAAUGGGUUACUGUUGUUGAGUGCGUUGGAAGCACCGGCACUGUGGUGCCUCCCCUGAUUAUAUUCAAAUCCGGCACCAACAGAGCUGAGUGGUAUACAAGCCCAAAGCUUCCCCCUGAUUGGUCAAUUACGCACUCUCCAAAUGGCUGA